AUUUUUUAUAAUGGGGGAGUUAUCUAAAUACACUCUAUUGUCGGAACAUCGUUCUUGUGAAUUCGAUUGGAUCACUUAAUUUUAAAAAUUAUCAGCUAAUUCUAGUACAAUUACUGAAGGAUUAGGUGUAAAUUGAAUGCAGAAACACAAUUGAAAUUCUAACGUUACUUUGUUCAAGAACGUAGACACCAUGAACACAACCAAUGGUACCGACUGGCAUCCCAGCGUAAGGCUGCAGAAUUUUUUGAAGGCUGUGUUACGUGUGUACAUCUCUUCGGACAGUCUCUGUAUCAUUCUUGGCAACGUCAUCAACAUCUGGCUCCUACUGGCCAUCUUGACGUCAUCAGACAUCCGGUCAAGGAUCAGGAAUAAAAUUCUAGCAUGCCUGUGUGUCUGUAACAUAGCCGAAUCUUCCAUUCUGGCACCGCUGGAGCUGUCUUUGAAUUUAAGACAAGUUGAUCGCAAUGUUUGUAUUCUCGUUGAGCUGAUGUACCACUUGCAGUGCGUCCUCGACUUCUGUAGCAACUGGUACCUGGUUAUAAUAUUUAUCUUAUACAUCAUCCAGAUUAAAGACAUUGAUGUUUCGGUCUACGUGAAUCCAACAUUUCAUAAAAUCGGCCCUGUACUUCUUGUGGUAUCACCUAUGAUCAUAGCAAUACUAACAGUACCCGUGAUCAUGAAAGUUUACCACGACGAGUUUCUCAACCUUCACAAGAUAUCCUACACCUGCGUGUUUCCAACCUACAGCUCCUUGAUGAUUUUUAAAAUUCUCGACUCCGUUUUACCUAUCCUCAUGGUCAUUAUCCUCCUAGUCAUCGCGUUGUAUCUAAGACGUCAAAGAUUGCUCAUUGAGUCUUCUGGGGGUUCCAUGGAGGUGGAGUUAAUCAACCGUACAAGUCCACUUGAUAAUGUCUUGCCGUAUGUACUGGCGGUGGCAGCUACGUUUGUCUGCAACAUUCUGGAAGUAGUUUACAGUCUGAGUAGUGACCUACACGAGAGGAGUGACUUCUACACGUGGUUCGGCUUCAGGACCGCCCAACGAUUCCUCCUCGAGUCACGGACAUACAUCCUCCCACUGUCUUGGAUCUUCCUGAAAGACAUCGGAGAGAGGAUCAAAACUUGGCGACCUUGGUACCGACCAGGCCCCGGGAUAGACCUUACAGUCAUGUACUCCAAGGAAAACGCUUAG